AUGGCCAUCACUCUUCAGCCAAGGGCCGAUUCUGGCUUCAAGCUGUACUACUACGAUCCCUCAUUUGCAGCAGCAGUUCUUUUUGCAGUUCUUUUUGGCGGGUUUUCCAUUCGUCACUUGAUCCUUUUGAUCAAGACGCGAACUUGGUGUUUCAUUCCUUUCUUCGUGGGAUGCCUCUUCGAAACGCUAGGAUACGCCGCGAGGAGUUAUUCAGCGAAGCAAACCCCCGACUGGACUUUGAUGCCAUAUGUCGGACAAAGCAUGCUCAUCCUUUUAGGCCCGGCUUGCUAUGCCGCCUCAAUUUACAUGGUGCUUGGUCGCCUGAUCACCAACCUCGACGCAAACUCGUACUCCCUCAUCCGAGUCAAAUGGCUGACGAAAUUCUUCCUCAUGGGUGACAUUCUGUCCAUCUUCGGGCAAGGAGAAGGUGGUGGUCUCCUUGCAACCGCGAAAUCCGAGUCAUCACAAAACAUGGGCAACAACGUCAUUCUUCUCGGCCUAGGUAUACAAGUCGUCUUCUUCGGCUUCUUCAUGAUCGUCACGACCGUCUUCCACAUUCGAAUCACCUUGAAACCGACGACGAAAUCUAUGCAUACACAAAUUCCGUGGCAGAAGUUCAUAUGGGUACUUUACUUUUCGAGUUUGCUCAUUAUGGUCCGCUCUAUCUUUCGCAUGAUAGAAUAUGCGCAAGGCCACGACGGCAGCUUGAUUCAGAAGGAGAUUUACGUUUACGUGCUGGAUGCGCUUCUCAUGACCGUGGUUUCGAUGGUCUUCUCCGUCUUUCAUCCCAGCAGGGUACUGGACGACCAUGGGAACUUGAAGGAUGACGAAGAGUUUGCAUCGAAUGGGGCCGAUAGCUAUCCUCUAUAUGGUCACGGAAAUGGUAGCCGUGCCUAA